ACACACGUAAGAAGACAUCUACAGUCAGUUUGUCUCCGUCAACCAGUUAGCUCUCUAUAGACACAAAGGCAAAAUAAAACUGAGUUUUGAGAAUAUUUCGCACGUGCAAAUAAUGGGAAGGAGUGUUGUGCACUCCUAUACCGCUGUUAGCUGUGUGUUUGUCGCUCAGGCCCGUUAGCCUCGAGUCUGUUAGCUUUAGCCGCCUGCAGCUGUCGUACGCACGCACUCGCAGGGGCAAAAUGGUGUUGUUGUUGAAUCCACUGGAGAAUCUAAAGAUCUACAUAAAUAACCGUCCACCGCUGGUCAUUUUUAUGGUCAGCGUCAGUGCUGUGGCUAUCGCUUUCCUCACUAUAGGAUACUUCUUUAAGAUCAAGGAAAUUAAAUCACCUGAAAUGACUGAGGAUUGGAACACCUUCCUUCUCCGAUUCAAUGAGCUUGACUUUUGCAUCUCAGAAAACGAGACCCUCAAGCACAGCUUGAACGAGUCCAUCACUCCAGAGAGCACAGUGACCAGCAGUCAAACGCGAUCCAGCACCCAGUCACCACCCCUGCUAGAGGACCCAGGGCCUAUCAACAUCUCUGUGGCCAUCACAUUGACCCUGGAUCCACUGAGGCCAUUUGGGGGCUACUCACGCAAUAUUACCCACCUCUAUGCCAGUGUGCUUGGGCAGCAAGUUGGCCUUGCAGGCAGAGAGGCCCAUGAAGAGAUGAACAUCACAUUCACUCUGCCGGUAGCCUGGAACUCAGAUGACUGCGUUCUGCAUGGUCGUUGUGAGCAGAUGGUCUUCAGCACCUGUAUGACCAUCACAGCAGCCAGUAAUGUCUUCCCAGUCACAGUGCAGCCGCCUCACUGUGUCCCAGAGACCUACAGUAAUGCCACAUCCUGGUACAAGAUUUUCACUACAGCACGAGAUUCAGACACUAAGUACACACAGGAGUACAACCCGUUCUGGUGUUACAAAGGUGCCAUUGGGAAAGUGUAUCACACACUGAAUCCAAAGCUCACUGUCAUCGUUCCAGAUGACGAUCGCUCUCUCAUUAACCUGCACCUCAUGCACACCAGCUACUUCCUGUUUGUGAUGGUCAUCACAAUGUUCUGCUAUGCAGUCAUCAAGGGCAGGCCUGGCAAAGUUCGACAGAACAACCCAGAUUUCUGUCCAGAAAAGGUGGCCUUGUCUGCGGGAUAAAUGGGGGUGAAGGUGAACAUCUGAACCGAAGCAUAUCGGAAAGGGAAGUGAGAAAACUACAUGUUGCCUACUGAACCCAAGAGAAGGGUGCAAAAAAAAAAAAAAAAAAGCUCUGUGAAUGCAUUACUCUGCAAUGUUGGGUCACUCCAACCAAAGACUUUUAAGUGCCUGUAUCUACUGUGUAAAUAAUGAUUGGACUCUUAAAUUCAGUACAGAAGCAGUCUGCCUGAGCUUCCCCCUGCACCCUGUGCCAUCCUGUAAAUGUUCAGAAUAUCCAGUAUCAACAGAGGACAGUGUUUGCCUAGAAAUGUUCCGAUGGGGAAUAUCACCUCCACUAAAUCUCUUUUCACGCUCGCUUUUUGUGUUCUUGAUCAGAUCACUUCCUAUGACAUUUGAUUUCUCUGGAGGUGACCUUUGCCUUGUCAUUCCUCUUGUGUCUUUGUCUUAAACGACCCUUUCAUAUAUGUCCAUUGCAGAUUCUGUAGUGGCAUUUCUUUUGAGGAUGGGCAGAUGCGUGGAUCUCUGCCAUGUACUAUGAUCAACCUGCUGGUCAUGAUCUUUGGACGAGUUCCACUAGAGAUGACAGCAGGCUUCCGUAUGACACGCUUCUUUUAUCAUUGAACCCACGCUGGUUUUAUUGUGAACGUGUCUAAAUGAGAUGCCCAAGUGGAAGUUGGCACAGCGCUUGAAUAAAUUCCUUUUAAAAGCAAAUAAAAAUACAAACUCUUACUCAGAAUGUCACCAUGUUAGUGAGUCGAGAGAAAAUGCCUGUUUUUGGAUCGACGGAUUUGUAUGUUGAAAUCUAAAUGAAUGCAAUGAUUAAUGGCUUUGGGCUUCACGUCUCUGUUUCUGGACACUUCAAAUGAAUGUAUUUGUAAAAUCAGCAAAUUAACAGCAGUGAUGCAGCAUCAAUCUCUUGUACAUUUAACAUUGUAGUUUAAAAAAUGUAAAUCGUUAAUUGUAGAUAUUUUUUGGUAAUCACAUUACUUUCCAGUUUUGUUUUUUACAAAACCAUUUCUACCUUCGUCCAUUGUGUUUCUUGCCUUUUUAUUGUUUCGUUUCAUGCCUCGUUUGAUACUUAAGCAAUGCCUCUGUUUCGUUUUAAUCGUAGUGCAAUAUCUGACCUGUCUUUUUGCCUUCCAAACCUUAUUAGUUAUUCUUAUUGUCAUUAGCUUUUCAUUUCCACCCAAUGAAGUGCGUAUCAUGCGUCAUAUCGCAUGAGAUAUAUUACGAGAGAGUGCUUUCCUCCUCCAUUCUGUCUGGUUCAAGCUUUUAACCUACAAAGUUUCACUGCUUUUUAUCGACAAACCCAUUUUCCCAUCAUGCCUUGCUUAAUUACAGCCCUCUUAAGCUGCAUCAGUCAUGGUUAAUCAGCACUCCCUUUCUUUCGCCCUAUGUUAAAGCCCAUAAUAAACAAGCAUCCAACCAACCACUAAUGUGCCUUUGCACUGUCUCGCCCAUGUUCGCCACACUGUCUUUGAUCCGUUUCCUCCUUCGGUUCAACCUGCUGUAUUCAUUUUGAGCAUGUACUGCUCACACUGACUUCCUCCAUUUCAUAUCCAAUUCGGAGUCGAAACUGCAGUAAGGGUUGGGAAAGAGUGGAAUUCAUUUGUGCUUUUUCUGUUGAUGCAUAAGAGCAAACACUUGUUUGUUUUACUCGCCAAAUCCAUCCUACAAUAACUAAUUUGAUAGAAUUUCGAGUUUAAAAAUGCUAUAUGAUGCUUUGAAACCUCUUUAAAUAGCAAUAUCUUGCAUUUGGGAUGUUUAUUUAUACGUUCGACUGAUGCGUUUGUGCUUUUUUGAGACCUUUGCUCACGUCUAGUUUCUCUUUGGGAUCAUGAGAUGAGUUUUGAUGGCUGUAGGAGCCUUUCUGAUAGUGAGAGCAUUCCUGCUUCAUAAUGCAUAAUUUCUGCGCUCAUUAAAAUUGGCCUUUCAGUGUUGCUGGAGGACAAUGGAAAAUGACAACGAAUUCCAUGGAUGCUGCCAGAUGCUCAGAUCAUAUUGAUCUUCCCCCUCGUCCUUCCUUUGGGCUCGUAGCAUUUGAGUGAAGUGUAUUUGUAAGUGGUAGAAGGUAAUUUCCUUGUCUGAGCUUGCGGCACAAACUCUCGCCGGUUUCCUCAUGUUGGUGAGAGGCGCCGCGAGCCCUUCGACUCGUCAUGAUGCAUGAUUGUAAAUGUUCUACCUGCUGACCUGUUUGUAUGAGAAAAAUCCCUCUGUUUUUGGUCUGUUUGUAAGAUAUUGUAGGCACAUGCUUUGCUGAAUAAAAUCUGAGAAAACA